CGUCGUCCUAUGGAAACUGCGAACACGCUGGAGGACUGAAGGGAACUGGUGGAGAGCGAGCGUUGGUCACUAAAAUGGCGGCCAACGAGUUGGGCGAAACGAAGGCAACGGAAAUUGUCAGAGGCCAAGUGUUCGAAGUUGCACCGCGGUACACGAAUUUAGCCUACAUUGGAGAAGGAGCCUAUGGCAUGGUCGUCUCUGCUUUCGACAAUGAAACCAACGAAAAAGUAGCCAUCAAGAAGAUCUCGCCCUUCGAACACCAGACCUAUUGCCAGAGGACGUUGCGGGAAAUAAAAAUACUGACGCGGUUUAAACAUGAAAAUAUUAUAGACAUCAGAGACAUCAUUCGGGCACCCACAAUUGAACAAAUGAAGGAUGUCUAUAUUGUGCAGUGUCUGAUGGAGACUGACCUGUACAAGCUGCUGAAGACACAGAAGCUGAGCAACGACCACAUUUGCUACUUCCUCUAUCAGAUUUUACGUGGCCUCAAGUACAUUCACUCUGCCAAUGUGCUGCAUCGAGACCUCAAACCCAGUAACCUGCUUCUCAACACAACGUGCGACCUCAAGAUCUGUGACUUUGGGUUGGCACGAGUGGCAGACCCCGAGCAUGACCACACGGGCUUCCUGACUGAGUAUGUGGCGACACGCUGGUACCGGGCGCCCGAGAUAAUGCUCAACUCGAAGGGCUACAGUCAGGCCAUCGACGUCUGGUCCGUGGGCUGCAUCCUGGCUGAGAUGGUCUCAAACCGGCCCUUGUUCCCUGGAAAGCACUACCUGGACCAGCUGAACCACAUCCUCGGUGUCCUUGGCUCACCUGGCCCUGACGACCUCAACUGCAUCAUCAAUGAAAAGGCGCGCUCCUACCUGCAGUCAUUGCCCCACAAGGCCAAGAUACCUUGGUCCAAGCUGUAUCCAGAUGCAGACCCUAAAGCUCUGGAUCUCUUAGACAAGAUGCUGACCUUCAACCCACACCGAAGAAUAAAUGUUGAGGAGGCGCUUGCACACCCUUACCUGGAGCAGUAUUACGACCCUGGUGAUGAGCCUGUGGCAGAUGAGCCAUUCAAGUUUGAGACGGAGCUGGAUGACCUGCCCAAGGAGCAACUCAAGUUGCUGGUCUUUGAAGAGACCAAGUUGUUCCAGGCGCGCAACGCUAGCAGGCCGGCACAGCAAGCCUCCUCCUGAGCUGAUGGUGCUGCUGCCACUUCCAUAGUAUAUGUCUGUCUCGGAGUUCCAGUGCCACACACGGGUGACCUCAUGUCCCUCGGGCAACUUGCAAGGCCCCCGGUGGCGCAAAGACGUUUUGACCCUCCCCCCUCACCCCCCUGUGCUGGACUCCGUGCUGAGUAGCUGCCAAAGAAACGGCCGCUGCCAUCAUUGCUGGAUCCCAAGAACGGACUCCUCGCGAUGUCUGUACUUUACGAAGGUGCCCUCCCCUCCCCACCUGCUGCCCAUCUUCCGCAAUGUUAGAGAGUCACGCGGACCAUGAAUUCUGUCCUGGCAUGGCACAUGGCUCAGGUGCUUGCUAUCAUGCACGUGUGCAGAAACCUGUUUCAGAUUGUGUGUGCACACAUUACAGAGCACCCGUGUCAUGGAAUACUGCACCGAGGCUGGACUCUUCUUCCGUUGCGGCUCUCUUUCGUUUCGCUCCUCUUUUGUUUUUACCUUAGUUUACAUCCACUCUCCCAUGUGCACGCUGUUCUUGCUUGUCCCUGUUGUGACCACCUCCUUGUUUGCCACCACUGCUCGUCUGACCCCCCCCCCCCCCUUUCUUUUCCUUUGCACUGUCCUCUCUCACUGUGUGUCAUAUACUUUUGGGAGAUGAGGCGGAUGCAGCAAUGGUCAAGCCUCUCGUUACCGGUUAUAACCCUCCUCAACCGUGCUGCAUGCUCCCUUUAAGCGGGCAGCGUGGUUGUUUAAGGAGCAUAGCACGACCAGGUUUUUCCAUCGGCGCCUUUGGACAUAUGCUCCAGCACAAUGAAAAUGCCAGUACGAUGGAGAUGGCUCGCGGGUUGCCGGCUGCUGGAUACGUGUUUGUUGCAGAAGAGGCAUGGUUGCACCAUCAUACUGUGAAUGACGUAGCAUGUAAAUAGGGCUAGCGCCUCUCGCAGAAUGUUAGCAAGACAGAGAGGCACUUGUGCGCGAAGCCAUUUGAGAUUUGCCACUUGCAAUGUCACGGCCCCACUCUUUCCUUAAUUGCUGUUUCAGCCUCUCCUUACGACUCUUGUGUUCAAAUCCUUUUCGCAGAUACUGUAGCCGUCUUUUGCUUCCGGGGGCAGGUCAAAACGACCACCUACCUGGCAUUGGCUCAUUUUUUUGGCCAGGUGACAAAGCUGCUGCUCACUCUAACGUGUUCCUCGGGGUCUCUGCCACUUCUUGCGGCGCUCUCCUCCUUCCACCCCGCUGUCGGUGUUGCACGAUAUGUUGGUGAGGAUGACAGUUGGAGUUAACUUCUUCAUCUGCUUUGUUCUUCGUCAUGGUUGUCUUCUUGGCUCUGCUUUAUUGUGUGUGGCGGCCCCCUUUUUAGCUUUGCUGGGGCUUUAGGUGUGUCUUCCGUUUCGAAAAAAAAGAAACCUGUCGUGCGUGUGUGUGCGUCUCUUCGACUCUCAUUGUUCCAGUUAUAUUGUCUGAGUUUUGCUGGGCUUUCGAAUUAUGUCACCUGUGUUGUGUUCUAGGCUGCUUCGAAUGCGAUUUCUUUUUUUUUUCUUUAUUCCUUGACGUGUUGAAAUGCAUGCUGUCAAUGCAAGCUGUGUCCAGUGAUAGUUGGGGAUGAUCAAAAUGCUGCGAGCAACGUUUUACUGCGGAGCACAAUGCAACAGCGAAAAGGCUGUCUUCCAGGUGUUCCUUCGGAGUUCGAGACCCCAUUUUCCCUGCAGCUUCGUUAUGUGCUGUGGAGGAGAUCCUUGCUCGCAGAAUUUUAACUGUCCCCUCUUUGACACGCAGAGUAGCAAUGUCCAUUUAACAGCGCACGGGUGGGUGCAGGGAAGCGAAUGAAAGCGUCUUUCCCAUCUGUGAGCAUGUAAUAUAAUAUGCACCAGCUUGCCUUGCCGGCAGUGUAGGUCCCUGAGGCGGGCAGGUAGGAUAUGCUGCUCUGUGGAUAAAACUAUAAGCAAGAACAAAAAGGUGGCAGCACCGUCUAGUCUCAUGCUGCUAGGCUAAGAAGUGCAUUCACACAAGGCUCGCUCCUUUUUUUACGCCAUGCAGGCGUGGAGUUACAUUUGGCUUGCAAGCUUCACUGAAUGAAAAAUUUUGUUUGUUUGUAUUUUUUUUUAAUGUUGAUUACACACGUGAACUUCUCUGCCCAAAAGAUUUGCUAGGAGCGUGACUUCUUGGUUUCGGCUUCUUUGAAGUACACUCGAACUUGAAUAUAACGAACUUCAAUAAAGCGGAUGAUCUUCUGUUGAACAUACGAAACUUAAUGACUGAUACUCACAUAAAAUAACUACCUCUAAUGAACUGGACGUUCGAUGUAUCGUAUUUGCGGUGUCCACGUUCAGUGCCAUAAAGCCGCUUGCAGGCUGCGAAAUCAGUGUUUGGGGUGGUUCUUUGCAUAAGAAAAUUUUUUUCGGUUAUGUUCUUUUUUUUUUCACCUUUUAUGGGGGAUGUGCUGUGCCGGCACAGUGCUGACAUUAAUGGAAAAGGACUGGAGUAAGCCUUAACGAUUUCAUGCAUUGAGAAUGCCAUUCUCAGUAUUGUAGAGAAGCAGUUCAAAGCACACGCAAAAAUUGCUGCCUACUUUGCUCGGUUUUGUUUUCAAUCAGUGAAGUCUUUCCUUGCUUUGUUUUCCCAUUUGAGAUAAGAAAUUCGUUAUAAUGGACAUUUAAGAAAACUAAGUUCGUUGUAUGCCUGUUUGGGUAUGUUGAAUUACGGGAUAUAUCAAGCUAUUUUUGGUGCGUGAGCCUGUUUGUUAUAGCAUGUUCGAUUGUACAUCAGACAAGCUGUGAGAUCUUUUUCUUUUUUUGAAUCAAUGUUGCGAGUCUUUCCAUCUAUAUAAGCAUUCAGUGGCGAAACGAGUACUGCGUCACUGGCCUUUGCGUAGCAAGGAUGGACCGCUGAAAGCAGCUCGCGACAAACAUGCUUCAUAAAAACGUGGUUGCACGAGUUUGCUCAUCAGCUCGAAAGCAAGUGGUGGUCGCAGCAGUUAACCCGAGCAGCAGGCGACAUUGAGUGCCAUUAAAAGCAUUGUAAAUCAGGUCAAGCGUACACAUUAAGAAAAGUUUGCACCCUUUGGGGCGUAUUUUGUCCCUACACAAUAAUCCUCUUCCUUGCAUGCCUUUCAUUUAACACUGUGCACCCCCCCAGUACCUUCAGGUCAGAAAUGGCAUGUGCAUUAUUGGCAUGACAUAGCAUUGUUGACAGGAAAGUAGCAAGUGUAGAGUUUUCAAGAAAGGAGACGCUAACAAGACACAUAAGUAAUAGAGCCGCUCCAUCUGUUAAACAGGUGGGAUACCGCGUGAGCCAAGGCGUAAACGCCGUGGGGCGACAUGUUGGUGCAGAGCUCAGCCAGACAAACAGAGCUAAUGUUGCAGUAAACAAGUGUGUUCUACUUGGAUGAUGGCGUAAAUCUUUGUCAGCGACGUAAUUGUGUGCUGCGAAGUAGAACGCACUUGUUUACUGUAAGAUUAGCUCUGUGUUUGGGUGAACUCUGCAUCGCCAAGUGGCUGCACCGUGCAAGCUGCUCACAUUAACGUCUCCGCCCAACCAGCAGAACGCCCAGUCCACCUACGUUCAAUGGAAUACUGUACCCACUAAAACUCUGUUGGGACAAGAUACACCACAAAGGGUGUAAACAUUUUUCUUGAGUCUGUGCAUAUAGUUUCUUUUGUGGCUCAGUGUGUGAUAUGCUAGGCAGUGUGUACUAGUUGCCUUUUAUGUAGGCUUUAGUUGCCGAUAAUCUAGGUUUGAGAAAAUACAGUGAGAGACGAGAAGGUUGUGACGUAGUGCAGCCUGAAGAACAGAAGCACUUCGGAGAUGUUCCACUGUGUACUAUAUAAGUGUGUGCGGUAGUUUGUGUUUAACGUUAAUAUCCUUGUUCCGCCACCUCAGAGUGCAUGCUUUUGGACAUGUGCACAUCUCUGUACAGCACACAACUCGUGAUCCCUGUGUCGGCAAAGAACAGUGUGUGAAUGCAACCAGUGAAGCUGCACACAAAUUGUUUCAGGGAAAUAUUUUUUGCGAGUUAUUGUUUUAUUUCCCCACCCCCACCUCUGUCUUUCCUUUCUUUCGCCUGUUGUUUCUUGUUUAUGUAAAAAAAAAAAAGAAAAGCCUACUGUGUGAAGUUUAAUGGGAUGCAAGGAAGGAACGAAACUUCGAAAUAUCAUUCAUUGUAAAUGCAAACGAACAGAAUACUAUAUUUAUUGAGUUUUUUUUUAGAUCCUGCUGUUGUAGAUUUUUGAAUAAAUACUUCAUUUCCUUCCUGCAA